CAAGAAACAAACUUAGUCCACCUAACUUCACGUUCAAUCAGUUUACCAAAAUCUCGCAUUCUAACAUGUCUGAAAUUUAGUUCUGCUCGUCGUACUGUGGUGUUUUUUUUUUUUUAUUUCGCGCUGUACUAAUACACUUUAUUGUAACUAUUUCGUCGAAGGUUUCGCGUAUACCAUUUUCUCAACGUUCAACAUGCUGACAACAACAAAUGUGAAAACCUCGUGACAUUAGCUGUACAUGGCUGAAGAAGACUUUUCUGAUCUGGGAGAAGUAAAACUGACGCAUUACGAUGGAACCAGAUGGACGAGCGGUUGGGGCAGAAGUCCCGGCAGUGGUGUCACUACGUUACCUUACCAAUACCAUAGAACUUUCCCCCAAAGUUACCAAAAUAAUGCUAGAGCAGCGGAAGCGGAAGAUAUCAUGGGCCACCAUUAUAAUCACACUUCCAGGACACAUCACAAAACCGGCUUGUACUACUCGCCGCCGGGUACCUCGUAUACUAUUAUCGAACAACCGUCGUCUACAAUGUCCACCGCACACCAAACGAAAUACCGAAACAGCAGGGGCGUCGUGUCCACCAACAUGGCCGGCUCGUCCAGCGCCCCGAAUAGUAAAAUUUUAAGCAAUAGUAAUAGUAAUAAAAAAAGACCCAUAUCUCCGGAACAAGUACUGAAAUUAUUUAGCUCUCAUGGCGGACGCAAUCAUAACAAUAAUACUACGAGUAAUCAUAUUAUGAAUAAUAUUAAUAGUUCUAAGUCUCCGAUAAAUACCGAAACACAUGCUCAACAUAUAAGGCAUCAGCCUCCUGAUAUCGAUAAACUUCCAGUUAAAACUAUCAGCAUGACUAGAGAAACACCGCCCGGUAGUGGGAACCAUGGAUUUGGCAUUUGCGUCAAAGGCGGAUCCAAAAAACCAGAUAAUGUCGGUGUUUACAUAUCCAGAGUGGAGGAAGGUAGUAUCGCAGAAAAAUCCGGCCUAAGACCUGGAGAUUCUAUAUUAGAAGUUAAUGGAAUUCCUUUUACUAAUAUAUCGCACGAGGAAGCUCUGAAGAUUUUGAAGUCUUGCCGGCAGAUUAGCAUGACGAUUCGUACGUCGCCUCUGUCCAACAGACAGAAGUAUGGUAUGGGAGGAUGGCUAGUUAGGCAGUCGUAUUCGUGGAUGGAUCGAAUGGGAAGACCUGUGUCGCCACCGCCUGAUUAUUCCAAAGUAACGCCGACCAAUACUAGUGAACGAUGGCCACCGUCCAGAUUAUGCAAGGAAAAGGUUCGAAAAGUUGAAUUGACCAUUGAACCGGGCCAAAGUCUAGGAUUAAUGAUUCGAGGUGGCUUGGAGUAUAAUUUAGGUAUUUUCGUGACUGGUGUUGAUAAAGACUCGGUUGCCGAAAGAUCUGGUAUCCAGAUUGGCGAUCAGAUAUUGGACGUUAAUGGUACGAGUUUUUUGGACAUUACUCACGACGAAGCCGUUGGUCAUUUGAAAAAACAUAAAAGAAUGACUAUAACGAUACGUGAUGUGGGUAAAAUACCUCAUUCGUUCAGUACCUAUGAUUCGGAUCCGUCGUGGGAUACUCAAACUAGGCCUCAUCCGAGAAUACCUCGCUCAGAGACUAUACAAAUGGUUGAGGAAAAAGCUAGUUCAGUUUUGAAAAAGAGUGAAUUCGCUACUUUAUGUUAUUACUUGGAGGAAUACUGUUCGAAGAGGAUGUCAUUUGAGACUUUUAUCGCUGUUUUGUUUGAUUUAUUAAAUACGCAAGAAAAGUUUACUUUAAUGACCGAGCUUCGUGAAGUUAUUACUCCUCAAGAUAGAUCUCGUUUCGAUGAUAUAGUUUAUAGAAGACAUUCUUUAGAUGAUAGUAGAAAUUAUUUUAAUUCGAGAGUAAGACUGAAAGGGGAUAAUUCUGGCAGAUUAUCUCCGAAUUUGCAAAAUCUACCUCCGACGCAAGGUUAUGCGAAAGUAAAUAAAUUCUUAAACGAACAAAGCACCGUACCUUAUCAAGACACGGACGGUUUUCGAUCACCGAGUGAGGAUUCUGGGUUGGGUCUUGGGCCUCCGGAUUUCGCAAACGGUCGUAGUUCGUGUGCCAGAAAUGCUUACGCUGAAACCGGAUGGCAACCUGAAUCGAAGCAUGGUCCAGAACACACGUCUCAAGCCUCGAAUGAAGAAGAUCUGGGCUAUUAUCAUCAGGAAUACGGGGAUUAUGAUGCUGAAUCAGCGCCGAGGGUUCGACGAAGAUCGAGUCUAUCGGAUACCGUUCCUAGAGUAAAUAAUGCUAACUUCGAAGAUGAUGCUAAUAUGUGUGGUUAUUUGGAAGGACUUCGUUCCCAACUGGGAGGUUGGACGCAGAAAGUUAAAGAUUGGUACUGGGGAAAUCCAUUUCAGUUAGCACAAAAAUUAGGAAGAGGCUGUGAUAUUAAAGACGAUAAAGAUCAGAAAUCCAAUUCAAAAAAGGGCGAAAGGUCUUCGGAAAAUGCCGCUCAUAUUGUUCCUGAUCAAUUUGGUAAUUUAAGAAUAACAGUAAAAAAGACAAAACCAUUGCUGGGUAUCGCUAUUGAAGGUGGUGCCAACACUAAACAUCCUCUUCCACGAAUAAUAAACAUACACGAAAACGGCGCAGCAUCUGAAGCGGGAGGUUUAGAAGUUGGUCAGCUGAUAUUGGAAGUAGAUAGACAAAAAGUUGAAGGUAUGCAACACCAAGCGGUAGCUCGUCUAAUAGCCGAAACGUACGCAAAUCGCGAUCGUAAAGAAAUCGAGUUCCUGGUUGUAGAAGCGAAAAAAUCGAAUUUGGAGCCGAAACCGACGGCGCUAAUUUUUAUGGAUCCUUAGCAAGAAACCGACAAAGAGCGUAAAUCAUCACGGUGUUCCGAUAUGGCAGUAAAUUCACACACAAAGAUGCGACGAAUACUGUAUCGAAUUCUAUGCGCUUAAAUUUUUCCAUUCUUUUUUUUUGUUUUUUUGAUUUUGUUUUUUCUAACGGAAAUACAGGAAAUAUCGAUUUGCGUUGUCAAGACGCGCUUCUUCAAUAAUAUAACAUAUUUAUUUUAAUUGUUACAUUGUUAUUGCUUUUUUAUAUGAUAAAAUUCAUUUACUAAAUAAAUCGUUGUUGCAUUUUAUUUAUUAAGUAAGUGAUAUACUUGUUGUUUAUUAAAUAGUCAUUUUUAUUCGAUAGUUUUUGAAAAGGAAAAAAAAUCAAUUUAAAUAAAACGCAUUUACCAUGGAUUUUAAGAUACGAUACAAUUUAUAUACGAUAUUAGCCGAAUGGACAUGUGAUACGAUACCUUAUGACUUGUAUUUCGGCUAAAUUUUAAUAAAAUUCAAAUUGUAAAAAAUUUACCAAUCUGUGGGGAGUGUUUUUUUUCAAUUUCCCCGCGAUGACCUUCUUUCUCAUUUCCGUUGACGUUUAUAUCAUUAUUGUUUAAAGAAGUUGUUUUAUAUUUUAACACAUUUUUCUUCUCCCUCCCCCCAUUCAUGCUUACAAAAAUUUUGAAUUUCAACGAAUCAGUUUUAUACGUCUAAAAUAAGAAUUUUAAAAUAGCGAAUAAUAAAUCUCGUUGUUAUGGCUAAUACGCAUUUUUGUUGUUUGUACUUGAAAUUUUAAAAAAAUGAGUAAUAAAAAUAUUUUGUUAAAAAUUCGUUAUGAAUAAAUUAACAUUUAACGCUUAAUUUUUUUGUAUUUAUCGAUAAACGUAAUAUUGUAUUGGAAUAAAUAGUUUUUUGAUUUUA